AUGGAUCAGAGAAAGAAAGGAUCUACAACAGAAUUAAGGCUCAUGGUGGUGGGUAGCACUGGACCUUCACAGUUCCUUCUGACAAACGCCAUACUCGGCCGGGAAGAGUUUUCUAAGGACAUCACCAGCAUUUCUGACAGCAGGAAGAAUACUGGAGAGCUGGCCGGCAGACGAGUGGCUGUGAUCAACGGACCAAACAUCUAUGAAAAGGAUAUAUCGAAGCCCAAGAGGGAGAUGGAGCUGAGAAGGUCUAAGUGCUUAUGCAUUCCUGGUCCCCAUGCCUUUCUUGUUGCCUUCGACAUGGAGGAAAUCUCUCCGAAUGAAAUGCAAACCCCGAAGCUGAUGAGGGAACGCUUUGGAAGACACUGUCUGAGGCACUGCAUGGUCCUCCUGGCCUACGAAGGAAGCACGGAUGGAGCUAUCCUGGAACACAGGGUGCAGAAGACUGACUGGCACCUCAGAGAACUGAUCGAGAAGUACGGCGGGCGCUUCCACGUUUUCAGCAAGAACUGGAGAGAUCGCAGCCGGGACCAAGAGCUGCUUCAGAAGAUAGAGCGGAUGGUGGGCUCCUUAGGUGGCGGCUACUUCUGCAGCAGAACUUUCCAGAAGGCAGAGGAGAGCGUGAAGAAGGAGGAGAGGAGGCUCAGGAAGCAGAGGGAAGCAGAUAUAAAGAAGGCAUGGACUGAGAUGGAGAACCAGUACAUGGCGGAGGAGUUGUACCACCAGAAGGAUGCCUACACCACCAGUGUUGGCGCAGAGAUCAGAGCCAAGGCAGAGAUGGACAACGGGUGGCUCAGGACUUCCCUGGCCAGAGGACUGGGGACGGGUUUUGUUGUGGGAGCUGUCAUGGGCGCUCUGUUUGGGUCCAUUGAGGGGCCAGGUGGGAUGGUUCUUUAUGGGAUCAUAGGCGGUGCCGUAGGUGGAUCGGCAGGAGGAACAGCCCAGGUAGCUAUAAAGCACAUGGAGGACAGAGUGGCCCCUCCUGCCAGACUCAACUUUAACUCAAUCUUCAUCAACCGCUUCUUUGCGACGCCUCGCCCAUGA